AUGAGAAAGAAGUAACAAUUGAUAAAGAUGGAAAAAGAGAACGACUCUUCUUUACCUACAACAGCAAUUGCAUCUUAAAAAAAGUUUCCCAAUAAGGAAUUGGAGAAUGAUCUAUUUGAGUACAAAGCCAAAAUGAUCAACCAUAUUGAGAAUAGAAUAUUGCAAUCAUAAAAGAAGUUAGAAGACUCCAUACGAGAGGAAAUGGAACAAUUUGAAUAAUAGAUUUCCAAAACUAUUCAUGAAUUAAGAGAUGAUCAAUUUGACCACAAAGUAAGUUCAACAAAUCAUGAGGAAAAAUAAAUGGAGAAAGUGUUUAGAUAUAAACCAUCUCUUUUGUCUGAAAUGAUGAAAUAGUCUGAUUAUAAAACUCUUUACCAUAUGAUAAUGGCUAGUAUGUUUAUUUUGAUGGGAAACCUAUGGAUAUAAGACUAUUUGGAGAGAGGUAUCAUAUUUGACAUGGAUACAUUCUUCUGGUGCUUUUAGACUCCAUUGUUAGUAGCAGAAAUUUGGUUUGCUUUAGUUUUAUCCAGUUAUUUGACUGUAUAUUGGGUGAUCUACUGUAACUAAAAUAAGAUAAAACCAUUCACAGCUAUUCUUGUAUUCAGUCUUCAUUAGAUAAUAAGCAUUAUGGCAGCUUGUUAUAUGACAACUGCUUGGGUGAAUGGAUUUGGUUCAAGGAUGAUUGUGAUGUGUGAAGCAGUCAGAAUGAUGAUGAAAAACUAUUCUUAUGCUCGUAAUAAGAUGCUUUAUGGUACAGAAAAUAAAUAUAAAUAUUUCAUUCUGUAAUCUUUCGAAAAGAAAGGAAUAACUAAACAAAAUGCUUUGCUUCCAGACAUCAAUAUUCAAUCGCUUUCUUAAGAACUCAAGAGGUACACUUAUUUCUCCUUGGCUCCAACCUUGUUAUACCGAGACUACUACGUGAAGGCUCCAAAUUACUCUAGAAAAAAAGUGAUCAUAGAAUUCGCCAAUUUCUUUUUGUGCAUUUAUUAUGGGUUUAUUCUAUUCAGAUCUUUCUGCAAAGAGCCAAUACUUUAAUUGAGGUAUUAAAACUUGACUUUGAUGAAUUUCAUAGUAACUUUGUACAAGUUGAUGAUGCCGUCUACUUUUUCACUCGUUCUGGUCUUCUUUGGAUUACUUCACAGUUGGUUUAAUGGAUGGGCAGAACUAUUGAGAUUUCCAGACAGAACAUUCUAUCAUGAUUGGUGGACAGCCUCAGAAUUUGGAUAAUAUUAUAGAAAAUGGAAUGUUAUAGUUCACGAAUUCCUCUACUAUUAUGUUUAUUUGGAUAGCGAGAAAUUAAGUUAAGGAAAAAGAAGCCGACUUUUUAGAUAAUUGAUCACUUUUGGCUGCUCUGCCGUCAUACAUGAGAUUAUACUUACUUUUGCCUUAGGUUUUUUCUACCCGAUAUGUUUUCUUUUAUUUACUGGGCCAGGUAUUUUAUUCAUUUAGGCCAAGGAAAUCUUUAAAUAGAAGGGCUGGUUUAACAUUUUAUUUUGGGUUUUGAUGUAUAUAGGAACUUCUGUGAUGAUCACCUUAUAUUUGACUGAAUAUUACGCUAGGAUUCUCAUUAAUGACAGCUUAGUUGAGCAGAAAUGGGGAAUCAUCCAAUAUCUGAUUCCAAGAACAUUUUAUUUAAUCACAGGAAUAUGA